AUGAUAAAUAAUAUAACAAUAAAGCAAACCCAUAUCAAUGAAGAUAUACCAGAUUUCCUUGCAAAACUUAGAUUAUACUUGCAAAACCAAGAAGUAAAUCCAGCAGAUAAUGCGGAAGGUCCACCAACAGGAAAAGAAGUAGUUAUAGGAUAUUUAAGAAGAUGUAUGAAAGGAAGAGCUUUAGAAUGGUUUGACAAAGAGAUUAUUACAAAACAGAAUUGGGAAUUAGCAAACUUACUUGAUAAUACAGAACAGGCCAACUUAGUAGCUAUAAAUAGGAGAACAGCAGUUCAAAUAGGAAAUCAAGCAUUGAAUGAAGCACUCGGCCAACCUGGUAAUGCAAUAGUCAAAUUAAGAGCUGUAGAGGGUAGUCGUCCUACUAACAUUGCUGUUAAUGCACCAAAUGCUAAUAAUGGUACUACAGUAGUUGUAGCUGGCAUUCAUUUUGGUCAAGCCAUAUGGUGGCUAAAAACACAUUUUCCUACAGUAGAAGAGGAGCUUCAGGAUUUGCAAUAUGGAACAAUUAGAAAAGAAAAUAUGACUAUAGAUGAAUUAUAUAGAAAAUUGUUACGAAUAGGUAGACAAGCUAACUAUAGGCCCAAAGAAUUACAUAAUAAAUUCUUAGAUGCCCUUCCUAUUCCAUGGUUUGAAAAAGCUAAAGAUAUCAGUAAACAUUUGCCAUUAGAUGAAUUAGCUAAAAAGCUUUAUGAGAUAGAGUUACAACGAAUUGCUAGACAUAAAAGAGAUAGAAUAUUUAAUUCACUAGUAUCUCAACAAGCAUCUCGAGAAAUAUAUGAACCCUUACCUAUUUCAGCUUCUCAACAGCAAAGAAUUUCUUUAGAAGAUAUGCAAAAAGCAAUCCAAUACACACUGCAAUCAGUUGCUCAAAAAGCACAAGCACCAGCUUCACAAACUGUUGAACCAGUUAGACAGCCAAGAGGUCCACCACCUUCAUUACAAACAGAAAAAGGUAUAGAAAAUUAUAACUUAACACAAUAUUUACAUAAUUUAGAUAUAUUUAGUACAGAAGAUUUCAACAGAAAUUUUCCUAUAAAGCAUUUUCAAAAACCUUGUCCAGGACAAUUAUAUUCAUCAAAUCAAAAUGCUAGAAUAGAUAGAAUAGAAUCAAAAGUAAAUGAAAUCAGUCAAAUGACAUCUCAAUUCAGGAGGAUGAUGCUUGAAAAUCAAUCCAAAAAACCUGAUGAAGAAGGUGGAUAUAACAAGGAAGAGAAUAAAUGGCAUGCUCCAUCUCAUCAGCCUGAAAUAUACAAUGAACUAUUACCAAAGCUUUCACUAGCAAUGCGUAAAAUGUGUCAGUUUCAUAUAGUUCAGGAAAAAGAAUCAAAAUCAGAUGAAUGGUUUUCGUCAUUGCAAUACUUGCAUUGUAAUAUAAAUGAUCUAUUGAUCACUAAUUCCUUUUUAGAUAGCGCAAGUGAAUUUGGGGGAGUGAAUGAUGCAACAAUUAACGCCCUGAGGUGGAAAGCUGAUAAGCCUUCUGACUUUGCUAUAAAGGGCAAUUCCAAACAUAUAUCUGAAUCAUUAGGAUAUGUAAAGGACAAAGAUGAUAAGAUUGUUAUGUCUACUGAAAAUUUUGCUUAUAUUAAUAAUGGUGAACCCAAACUAAUGUUAUGUUUAGGUAUAACAUGGAUUCAAAAAGUUCAAGGUAUUUUUGAUCCAAGUAAAAAUCAAUUUCGAAUGAAGUUACAUGAAAAGACUUACACUAUCCCAACUUUUAGCAAAACCCUAAUAGCUAAGGAUCUACCAAAAGAGAAGCAGAUUUUAGAGGGUCCACAUGAUUUAAUCCAAGUAUCUAUCGAUUUCUCCAGCCUGACUAGUAAGGUUCUUGCAGAAAGAUGUUCUCAACUUACUGAGACAAAGAUGGAAGAAUAG